AUGGGGGAGGGCCUAAUCUACUGCAUGCAAUCGCGCCUGAAGAUCCGUCCGGGUAACGAGGGGAGCAUCAACGCCGGAGGAUGCAACUUCAACUCCUUCCUCAGACGCACCGUGCGCUUCGUCGGAGUGCAUGUGUUUGGGCUGUGUGCCACCGCCUUGGUCACCGAUGUGAUCCAGUUAGCGACGGGCUACCACACGCCGUUCUUCCUGACCGUGUGCAAGCCCAACUACACGCAGCCGGGCAUCGCCUGCGACCGCAACCCCUACAUCACCAGAGACAUAUGCUCCGGCAUCGACCAGCACGCCAUACUGUCUGCAAGGAAGACUUUCCCUUCCCAGCAUGCAACGCUGUCUGCCUUCGCCGCUGUGUACAUAUCGGUGUGGAUGCACAACUCCAAUUGA